UGAAGGCUCUGACCUUCCGAUACCUUCCCCCUCCCGCGGCUCGCCUCGCCUCUGCUCUGCUGCGGUGCUCUCCUCGUGCAGAGCCAACCGCCGCGGAAGGGAGGGCGGGGAUGUCGUCGAGGCCGUCGUCGUCGGCGUCGUCGAGGCGGAGCAGCUCGCCGUUCUCGGCGGGGCACCGGCGGCCGCCGACCUCGUCGGCGUCCUCGGCGGGCUCGUACAUGACGGGCCGCCUCAUGCCGCGGUCGUACUCCUCCGCGUCGUCCGUCUCCUCCUCCUCCCAUUUCUUCGGCGGCGGGGGUAGCGGCUCGAGGUCCACCACCCCGGGGCGGAGGGGGAGCUCCUCCUCCUCCUCCAUGGUGCCGGCUCCCGCGCCGCCGUCGCCGGUGCCGUUCCCCAGCGCGGAGGAGCUCGUUAUCGAGGACACCUCCCGAUCCGGGGACAGCAUAUCCGUCACCAUCCGCUUCCGGCCGCUCAGCGAGCGGGAGAUGCAGCGCGGCGACGAGAUCUCGUGGUAUGCUGAUGGGGAACGGCUUGUGCGGUGCGAGUACAACCCGUCGACGGCUUAUGGUUACGAUAGGGUUUUUGGUCCUGCAACAAAAACUGAGUCUGUAUAUGAUGUUGCUGCCCGGCCUGUUGUUAAAGGUGCCAUGGAGGGUAUAAAUGGUACGGUUUUUGCCUAUGGUGUCACUAGUAGUGGGAAGACCCAUACAAUGCAUGGUGAUCAGAACUGCCCUGGAAUAAUCCCCUUAGCCAUCAAGGACGUAUUCAGCUUAAUUCAAGAAACUCCUGGGAGGGAAUUUUUGCUCCGUGUCUCGUAUCUUGAAAUCUAUAAUGAGGUGAUAAACGAUCUACUUGAUCCUACUGGACAAAAUCUGCGUGUGAGGGAAGAUGCACAGGGAACAUAUGUAGAAGGCAUAAAAGAAGAAGUUGUUUUAUCUCCAGGGCACGCUCUUUCUUUUAUUGCUGCUGGUGAAGAGCAUCGACAUGUUGGCUCAAACAAUUUCAACUUAUUUAGCAGCCGAAGUCAUACAAUUUUCACAUUGAUGAUUGAAAGCAGUGCUCGCGGUGAUGAUUAUGAUGGAGUCAUGUACUCACAACUUAAUUUGAUUGAUCUAGCUGGGUCAGAGAGUUCGAAGACGGAGACUACAGGGCUGAGAAGAAGGGAAGGAUCGUACAUUAACAAGAGUCUCUUAACUCUUGGAACUGUUAUUGGGAAACUCAGUGAAGGGAGAGCAACACAUAUACCAUACCGUGAUUCUAAGUUGACUCGCCUUCUGCAGUCGUCAUUGAGUGGUCAUGGCCAUGUUUCACUGAUUUGCACAAUUACCCCUGCAUCGAGUAACAUGGAGGAGACACACAAUACAUUGAAAUUUGCAAGCAGAGCAAAACGUGUUGAAAUUUAUGCUGCUCGUAACCGGAUGAUCGAUGAGAAGUCUUUGAUCAAGAAAUACCAGAGAGAAAUAUCCUCUCUGAAGCAAGAGCUUGACCAGCUAAGGAGAGGGAUGAUUGGUGGUGCUAGUCAGGAAGAAAUAAUGAGUUUACGCCAGCAGUUGGAGGAGGGCCAAGUAAAAAUGCAAUCUCGCCUGGAGGAAGAAGAGGAAGCUAAAGCUGCUCUUAUGAGCAGAAUACAGCGCUUGACCAAGUUAAUACUUGUUUCCACGAAGAACAAUAUUCCUGCCUUGACAGAUACGUCUAGUCACCAGUGCCAUAAUUCGGUCAGUGAGGAAGAUAAAUUAAGCACAUCACAAGAUGGUUCUGUUCUUGUCCAAAAUGAUAGUGCCACAAAAGAUUCCGCAUCAUCUGCAUUGCCAGAUGCAGUGGAUGAGAUCAAUCAAUUAAGAUGUGCUAGUGGCGAGCAAUCUUCGAUUGCUGGUUCAGGACCUGAUGCAAUGCAGGCAGUGAUCACAGCAUCAGAUCAAAUGGAUCUAUUGAUUGAGCAAGUAAAGAUGCUUGCUGGGGAAAUUGCGUUCGGUACCAGCUCGCUGAAAAGACUAAUUGAGCAAUCUAUUGAGGACCCUGAAGGGACAAAGAAUCAAAUAGAUAAUUUGGAGCGCGAAAUCCGGGAGAAGAGAAGGAAUAUGCGAGCCCUGGAGCAACAACUUAUGGAAAGUGGUGAGGCAUCAGUUGCUAAUGCUUCCAUGAUGGAUAUGCAACAGACGAUUACCAAGCUGACAGCUCAGUGCAGUGAGAAGGCUUUUGAGCUAGAGUUAAGAUCAGCUGAUAAUCGUGUCCUUCAGGAGCAGCUACAGCAGAAGAAUGUGGAAAUCAAUGAGUUACAAGAAAAAGUUCUGCACCUUGAGCAACGGCUGACAACAAAAAUUGAGGCAUCCCCUGAUCAAUGCACAGAGCAGGAGAUUCAUGAUUUGAAAUCUAAACUUCAGUCAAAGGAAGCUGAAAGUGAAAAGUUUAAAUAUGAGCACAUGAAAAUCACCGAGGAAAAUCGUGAGUUGGUCAACCAGAACCACAAAUUAUGUGAGGAAGUGUCUUAUGCAAAAGAAUUGGCAUCUUCUGCUGCUGUUGAACUUAAGAAUCUGGCUGAAGAAGUUACCAAGCUAUCUGUACAAAAUGCAAAGCAGGCAAAAGAGUUACUAAUUGCUCAGGAGAUGGCACACUCUAGGGUUCCUGGUAGGAAGGGCCGCUCAGCUGGUCGGGGCAGGGAUGAGGUUGGAACUUGGAGUCUUGAUUUAGAGGAUAUGAAGAUGGAGCUACAAGCUAGAAAACAGAGGGAAGCUGCUCUAGAAGCUGCUUUGGCUGAGAAGGAGCAUCUUGAAGAGGAGUACAAGAAAAAGUUUGAUGAGGCAAAGAAAAAGGAGCUAUCUCUGGAAAACGAUUUAGCAGGAAUGUGGGUACUUGUUGCUAAGCUGAAGAGAGGGGCUUUAGGCAUAUCUGACCUGAAUGUUGAUGAUCGAUCUAUUAAUCUAGCUGAUAUAACUAACGGUACAAAGGAAAACAAAGCUGACAAAAAUGUAGUUGUAGUUGAGAAGCAACUUUCAGAUAAUACUGUAAAGUCACUGACUGCAGAAGAAUGCAGAAAUCCAGAAUUUGAACCUCUUCUCGUUCGUCUCAAGGCUAAAAUUCAAGAGAUGAAGGAGAAGGAAACUGAUUCCUUGGGUGAUAAAGAUGGAAAUUCCCAUGUCUGCAAAGUGUGUUUUGAAUCUGCCACUGCUGCAGUAUUGCUUCCUUGUCGGCACUUUUGCUUGUGCAAGCCUUGCUCGCUUGCCUGUUCAGAAUGCCCUCUAUGCCGUACAAGAAUCGCGGACAGGAUAAUUACCUUCACCUAAAGUGCAUGUUAUCUUAAAGAUAACUUGAAGCGCCCAAACUCUCCUUGUAAAAUCAUCAGUGGUAUAUGAUUCUUUUUUUUUUCUCCGUAGCGAAGAAGGCGCCUUUUUUAUGUUCCUUCUGUGUUUGUACCCACAUUCUUUCUUUCUUUUUGAUUCCCCUAUACUUUUCUCCUGUUCACCCCCUUGUUCUUUGUUGUACGAGGAGUUACAAGAUAUGACUUCUCUGCAAAUAUGUAUAGAUGCGACUCGACAGUAUAAUACAUUUGAUUUCCUUGCCUUUUCUUUUU